AUGCAUAAACUUGUUCUACUCUCUCUUCUUCUCUUCUCUGUCUCACAUUUCAAUCUGAUACAAGCAGACAAUGCGCCUGCUCCUUCUCCCAAGCCCUCCACAACCACGCCAAAGCCGCCGUCACCACAGCCACAACAAACACCACCACCGCAACCCUCUAAGGCUUCUCCUCCUGCCACUACUCCCGCCACUUCUCCGUCAACUUCUCCGUCAUCCCCUCCUAACCCUCCGACUCAGUCCCCGCCUUCGCCUGCCCCAAAAACCGCUCCGACAGUUUCUCCGCCAACCCAACAAACUCCUCCAGCGGCGACACCCGCCGUCUCUCCUGCAACUCCUCCGACACCGGUUUCUCCCGCGAAGAGCCCAUCGAAAAGUGUGUCUCCCCCGGUUCAAUCUCCGCCGACUCCUCCGCCCACCGUCGCCUCUCCGGCCAACGCUCCGGUGACUGCUCCGGCGAAAAGUCCGGUCGGGGUUUCGCCAGUUGCAGAGGCUCCGGAGAUUGCCGCGACCCCCUCGGAACCAGCAGGUAUUCCUUCGAGUUCUGCAACACCGGCAGGGUCGCCGGGAGUGUUCCCAUCAAGCGGUAGCCCACCAAUUCCCGCUCCGUCGAGCCUGUCGCCGGAGUCUGCGCAGGGUCCAUCUAGUGAUGAUUCUUCGAGUUCGAGUUUGAAGUAUGGGGUUUUGAGUGGGCUGUCCAUUUGGGUUGCUUUGGCUCUCUAA